CAACAGUUGUUCUCGUUAGCACAGAACCAACCAAACAACCUCUCUCCCACUCGUACAUCAUGAAGACGUUCGUCGCUAUCGUUAUCGUUGCGCUGAUCGCUGGCUCUUUCGCUCUCACGAUCGACCAGAAAAAGAAGGCGGAAGGAUAUGCGGCCGAGUGCGUCAAGACGAGCGGAGUUGCACCGGAAACGGCGGCCAAGCUGAAGAACGGUGACUUUGCCGGGGCCGACGAUAAGACCAAGUGUUUCGCCAAGUGUUUCCUCGAGAAGGCCGGCUUCAUGACCGACAAGGGUGAGAUCGACGAGAAGACCGUCAUCCAGAAGCUGUCGGUUGAUCACGAUCAGGCCAAGGUCGAGGGUCUUGUGAAGAAAUGCAACCACAAGGAGGCGAACCCAUGCGAGACCGCCUUCAAGGCUUACCAGUGCAUCUACGCCGCCAAGGGUGCCUCCCUGUUAGACCUCAGCAUAUCGAAUAGUAAACACCUUGCGCAGCGCACAAUGCAGCUCUACGUUGUGGCGAUUGUUCUGGCGAGUGUUGCACUUGCCACCGUCGAGGCAGCAGAGGAUGGCACAGUGCAGCAGCCACAAGAACAACCCGAUCUGGAAGACGUUGGGAAGAUAGUGAACGGUGAAACGUUCGCGCUGCAAUGUUUGCUCGAAAGCGGGCUCAAGCUGGACUCGCUGGCAACCCUCACGGCGGCCGAUCUGACCGAUUCCGGGAGCAAAAUUAAGUGUCUGGUGAAGUGUUUCUUCGAGAAGACGGGCUUCAUGGACGGACAGGGUAAGCUGCAGCAGGACGUGGUGGUCGAGCAGCUGUCCAAGUUUAUGCCGAAGGAGCGCGUCGAGACACUGGUGAAGAACUGUGACAUCCAGGAAGUGGAUCCGUGCGAUACGGCUUACAAGGUGACCGAGUGUUACUUCCAGAACAAGGCUGGAUUGUUUUAG